AUGAAUGCAGGGCGUGAAGCCGACUUUGAAACUGAUGGUAAAAUGUCGGUUCAGCUUGUGAAUGACCAGGGUAUACCAAUAACUGCAGAAGGCAAAGUCUACCUGCAAAUUAAAGGCUGUGGAAAUGCUUUCUUCAUCUUGACUAAGAGCGCCAAGUUCAGCGACAAAGGUGGCACAUAUUUUGUAGUUUUGCUGGGAAGUGGCAACAACGGUAAAAUAAACGGAAUUAAAGAGAGCUGUUUUUCGUGUAAACAGCUUAAGGCUACGAAAUACGAGAAACUGUUGGACUGUAACAGAUUCAACAAGUUCUGGGUGACGUGGAACGACAAAGGAAACAUCAAGUUUGGUCGUGGAAUGGAUAUCACUGGCGCUCCAUUGCUCGAUUACACGGGGAGUACCCCGUUUCGCAUCAACUACCUGAACCUUCUGUCAUCCAAGUACAAAGUAAAAUGGAAAGUUAUAUCAGACAAUCCUCCUGUUUUUGUAUAUCCAUCGGCGUUUGGAAAUAAAGUUAUUGAGGUGCCGGAAAAUGCGACUGUCGACACGACGCUGCUGACAGUGAACGCCACAGAUCCCGAGGGUGACGAAGUGACGUACUCCAUCGAUGGCGAUUACUCAGACAUUUUUGAGUGCUAUGAUGACAAGGUCAAUCUCAUUGGAAAACUAGACUUUGAAACGAAGUCUCACUACAUAGUGGAAAUCACUGCUACCGAUAGCUUGAACGACGUUAAACUGGCAAUUACAAUUCAAGUGACAGAUGUCAAUGACGAGACCCCUGAAGUGGAGAUCAAAGCCGGUAUUAGCAUAUCUGAAGAACUACCCGUCGGCACGUCGAUCGGCGGCUUAAUCAGCGGGACAGACAAAGACCGGGGCGACACGUUGAUGUUUCGACUGGAAGGAAACGACAGCAGAUACUUCUUGAAUGUUACAUCAGAAGGAAACGUCAUUACCAACGAUCGCCUAGACAGAGAUGGCAAGAGUGGGCGUGUCAUGUUGGAUGCACUGUCAGUCACCGUAAUUGACGCCGCCAAUCAUGAGAAAAAAGCCGCCAUCAACAUAACCGUUACUGACGUUAAUGAUAAUGCUCCACAGUUCGAACACAACGUGUAUAAAGUCAAUAUUACUGAAAAUCAAGCUAACAAUUUAACCAUUCUGAAGCUCAUUUGCUCUGAUGCUGACCUGGGUUCAAAUGCUGAAUUUAAAAUCAGUUUGUCCAACACAAUGAAUGGGUUGUUUAGACUUGAUAACGAUUCGCUGUUUGUUGAUGGCGAGACAGUAGACUUGGAAUCGAUGGACGAGAGUGUCAUCAUUCUACCUGUUAUUGCAGUCGACUUACCUGACACGGGUCCUUCGCUUACAGGGUCAGCUCAGAUCCUUGUUAAGGUGUUACCUCAAAAUGAUUAUGACCCAACCUGGAGCUCUCCAACCACAGACAAUAAUGGAUCAUUUCCUAACAUCACCAUCGCUAGGAGUACUUCGCCAAAUGUCAUCAUAUCUACGUUUAAAGCCGAGGACAGAGACACUGGCGUACGAAGCAACAUCACCUACAGUAUACUGGCCAUUAGAACAGACUUUGGAGAAAAUGCCAUCAACAAGUUUUCCAUAGACCCCACGACUGGAGUCCUAACACUGUCCUCACCAAUCAGUCUAAACGAGUCGCUGUUUGACGUCACCAUCCAGGCGUCAGACGGCGAUGAGCCCGCCAGAACAGUGGCGGGAAACCUGACCUUGAACGUCCAGAGGUCAAAUCAACACAAGCCGAGGUUUAACCAGAGUCUGUACGAAGUUCAGGUGAAGGAAGACUCUGACGUCAACACCGUCAUUCACACGGCACUGGCAGACGACCGGGAUGGAGAUAAUGUUACCUAUGACGUUACUGGCACGUGGAAUUUCGUGUUUCAGGUCGAGGGUGACAAGGUGAAGAUUUUGAAGAAGCUAGAUUAUGAGAAUCGACGGACGUAUCCUGUCACGUUGAGGGCAAGCGAUGGCGAAAAGGAGGACACGUCUAUUUUGCUGGUGUCAGUCGUUGACGUCAUAGACGAACCUCCACUGAUAACGACCCCCGGCAGGAUAGAGGUGCCGAGAGAUGUGCCCGUCCAGACCGUCCUGGGAGGCGUGUUCACUGUCACUGACAAAGACGAGGGAGACGAAUUCACGUACAAACUUACAGGCAACGACAGUGAUUUCUUCCAGCUGAAUCGAACAGACGGUCAACUCCAAGUGAUAAAACGAUUUGAUUCUGGUGUCAGUGAUGACAGAAAAUUCUUGGAUUCACUGACGCUGACUGUGAGCGACAAAUCUGGCACCAACACCUCUAAAUCACUGAACAUCACCCUUCUGGAGCCUCAUGAUGAUUCGCGGUCUCAACCACAGUUACUCAGGAGUGGCGGCUACAGCGUGGACGUAGCUGAAAACACCACAAUGGGGAGUGUGCUGUACAACCUGACUCUUGAGGUGGACGUGGAUGAUCCCGCAACCGUCGUCUUCACGGUGAUUGAUGGAGGAAACGAGACGUUCUCCUUUAACGAGUCCUUAUUGAUCCUCAGCAGAGAGGUGGAUUUUGAAACUCAGUCAGUCCAUGUGCUGACGAUUAGUGUGAAGUCUGGAAAACACUCUACGUCAGGAUCCAUGGUGCUGUACAUUACUGACGUCAAUGACGAGGUCCCCGUCAUAUCGUUGGAGGAAAACCUCACACUGGCGGAGGAAAUACCUAUAGGAACACAUAUAGCCGGCCUAUUCCAGGUUGUUGAUAGUGACAAGGGAGAUAACCUCACCUAUUCCCUUACAGGAAACCAUAGUCAGUACUUUGACGUUAAUCCGACAAACGGCCAGCUGAGAAUUCGAGAGAGGAUAAAUCGAGAUGGCGCUGCUGGAAUUCGUGUGUUAGAGGAGAUAACUCUGAACGUCGUAGAUGUUGCGGGUCACGUCGCAAAUAAAACAUUCAACAUCACAAUUACAGAUGUUAACGAUAACCCGCCAUCUUGCGGUGACAUUUUACAUAUAGCUAAUGUCACAGAAAACUCCACCAAUGAGAUUGUCGUGACUUCUCUUUCCUGCACUGACGUGGAUGAAGACACAAACAACAUCACCGUAACAAUCAUCGAUGGAAAUGAGUCUGUGUUUAAGAUGAACGGCUCUGAUGUGGUGGCUGAUGGUCAGAAGAUCGACUACGACACCGCAACGAACGAUGACACCUCCUACGUGCUAACCCUGCAUGUCGUCGAUGGUGCAAUCAAUGGUUUUUCAAACACAGCAACAGUGAUUGUUCGCGUACAGGUUCUACCGCGAAACGAGCAUGAUCCCACGUGGACUUCAAACACCACUUUAAACGGAGUACUACAGAACCAAACGACAGCCUCUAACAUAGCGCGCGACUCGAGCAUCCUGACUCUAGCCGCGUCGGACGAUGACGCUGGGCCUGAUGGAACUAUCAUCUAUCAGCUGAUAUCAACCAUCUCAGAUGCGGGAACCGAGGAACCUGGUCUGUUUCGGGUAGACCCGACAUCAGGGUACGUUACAAACACCGACUUCUUAGACAGUCGCAGCAGCCGCAAUAUCUCCACGUACUACGAUGUCACGGUCAUGGCCACGGAUAUGGGCCAGCAGCCUAGAAACAUCACGAGCACAGUCCGUGUGUCCGUCCAGCCAGUGAUGUGGAAAUCAGUGUUCAACGCCACGGCAACCACCAUGGUUGAGGUUCAACUCCCUGAGGACACCAGUGUCGGAGCUGUCGUGCACACCUUUGAUGAUAUAGAUGCGGAUGUGUAUCAACUUUUCGUUGUGGGAAGGCUGAAUGAGACAUUCCAGUUUAACCAAAACAGGCUGACCUUGAAGGGAAAGUUAGAUUAUGAAACGCAAACUGUUCAUGUGGUGAACUCAAGAGUGUUCAAUGCUAUCACUACCAGCUAUGUGACGGUUGUUGUCACAGUUAAUGACGUCAUCGAUGAACCACCGGUCAUUGAACUUUCUUCGGAACUAAAGCUAGCGGAAGAACUUCCUGUUGGCAGUACUGUGGCAGGACUAUUCACUGUGAAGGACAAUGAUAAAAAUGACACAUUAAACUAUACCUUGUCUGGCCAGCACGCCAAGUAUUUCACGAUCAACCAGAACACAGGAGAACUCUCUGUGACGAUCCCUGUUGAUCGCGAUGGUGACACUGGCGUCGCCAUCUUGGACGACCUCUGGCUGACUGUAGAAGACAAGUCCGGCCUACAGGCGAAUACCAGCUUGAACAUCACCGUCGUCGACGUCAACGACAACAGCCCUGUGUGUGGCUCCGACAUCGUCAAUGUCAAUGUCACGGAGAAUUCGGCAUCUGGGCUGAAGAUACUCAACCUGACUUGUACUGAUGCGGACGCCGGACCUAAUGCAAACAUUACACUGCGCGUAGUCAACGGGACUACCACGCCGUCAUUCGCUAUAGAAGAAUCUAGCCUGGUUACAGUUAACUCGUUGGACUACGAGAAACCAGGCAUAUCUGACAACAAAUACACAGUACUGGUUUUGGCUACUGAUCAUCCCAUUAAUGGACAAUCCAACACGGGAACCACCGUGAUUCAGAUUGAGAUUCUGUCAGAAAAUGAGUUUGAACCGGUUUGGCAGAUUCCAAAUGUGACAGCGUCACUAACCAAUACCACCGAGCUCACUACGUCUUCUAGCAUCAACUCAUCCACCCAGUCACCAACACAGAACACUCAGCCAGGAACAGUGACAUUUCCAGCAGUCACCCUCAACCAGAAGGCUGUCGCUGGCACCAUCGUGACAAGAGUUGUAGCCGAAGACAAAGACAAAGGGCCUGACGGCCAGCUAAACUAUGAAGUGGUAUCGGUUCUAUCUGAUACCAACGAAUCCAAAUCCAGCAUGUUUAAGAUAGACUCACGGUUGGGUAUUAUUACACUGGCAGAGAAACCGACAGACCAGGCCAAUGUAUCAAGCUAUUAUGAUAUAACUGUAUCCGUCAGAGACAACGGUAAUCCCUCCAAAUCAUCCAGAGCACUGAUAAAAGUUACCAUACAACAGAUACUGAAUAGCCCACCUUCGUUCAACGAAUCCUUGUCUACAAUAUCAAUACCAGAGGACACAGCUGUUGGAGACGCUAUCUUUAACAUCACUGUGUGGGAUGGCGAUGGCGACAACGUGACUGUUCACAUCAAAGGGAAAGCAGCAUCCUUAUUUCUGGUCAAUGGAUCAAUGAUAACAUUGAUGAAGCAAUUGGACUUCGAAAAGGAAGCUUUUCAUCUUUGCAUUUUAAGUGCUACUGAUGGAAAAUCGACCACAGAAAGCUCGCUUCUUGUUCGAGUGACCAAUGUGAUGGACGAACCUCCAGUGAUUCGAGUUGGCGAGCAGACGACACUGAUGGAAGGACUUCCUCCAGGACUCAUUAUUAGUGGUCUCUUUACGGUCACUGACGCUGACGAGGGCGAUACACUGAAUUACACUCUUCGAGGCACCCACAGCUCUUUCUUUUCUAUUGACAACGUGACUGGUGAGGUCAAAAUCAGAGAGUAUCUGGACUACGAUGGUUCAAAUGGACUUCGCCAUCUGGAUGAUCUAAUACUCGUAGUAGAGGACAGCGCCCAGAUGACGGCCAAUGUCAGCUUGAAUUUAACGCUGCUAGAUGUAAACGACAACAGCCCAACGUUUUCACAGUCCAUAUACUACGCUAAUAUUACUGAGAAUAGCAACGCAAGCAUGCUAGUUCUGGAGUUGGAUUGCACGGACAUUGACGAAGGACCAAACGGUAACGUGACACUGAACAUCACCAAUGGUGAUUCGGAGUCUGUGUACCGUUUGGAAGGACGCCAGCUCUUUGCUGAUGCAUCUCGAAUUGACCUUGAAGGUUUCAAUCAGACUUGUCCAGUGUUUGUCCUUACAAUACUGGCUAGUGAUUCUUCAGAGAACACAAACACGGCAACAGCAGUGGUCAUUGUUAAGAUCCUACCAAAGAACGAAUUUGUUCCAAAGUGGCAGAUGAGAAAUGGAGAAGCGGACAUUAACGAAACAGUGGAUGCAUAUGCCACUGUUGGAAGCCCAGUGACGGUUUUCUAUGCAUCAGACGAGGACACGGGUGAUGAUGGAAUCGUUAACUAUUUCCUCACAUCAUCACAGAAUGGUUCAAAUCACUCUGACGUGUUUAAGCUGGACAAAGUAACCGGCGUUCUUGUGACAACUGCAUCCUUGUCUCAGCGAUCAGGAGAAACCUAUAAUUUGACAAUCGAGGCCAGGGACAACGGGUCCCCGCCUAAAUACACCGACACCAAGAUUAUGAUAAAGGUGGAACCCGUACAAAACAGACCACCUGAGUUCCCCUUGCCCAUCAUGAGCACGACCGUUUCCGAAGAUGCAGCAAUGGGAAGCGUGGUGUACAACCUUUCUGUGACGGACCCCGAGGGUAAUAACGUCACAGUGGAACUGCUUGGCAAUGAUACCGAUAACUUCAUCGUAGACGGAUAUCAGAUUAAAGUGAAUGGAAAACUGGACUAUGAAAAAGAAACAAUUUAUGUUAUAGCCGUUAGAGCUAGUGAUAAUAAACAACAUUCCUCGGCUGUGGUAAGAGUUAAUAUCCGUGACGUCAUAGAUGAAUAUCCAGAACUUGAAGCAUCAAAGACAGUAGUCGUCCCAGAAGAACUUCCGAUUGGAACAGUGAUAGGGUCAUUUGCCACUGUAGUAGAUCGAGAUAAGGGAGAUAACCUUACACUUUCCUUGCAUGGGGAAGGCAGCGAGUUUUUCUCGGUAAAUCCAAUCAGCGGUGAGAUGAGCAUCAACAGAACUAUGGACUAUGAUGAGGAGCGUCCAUUCAGGAACGGGGCGCUAACACUUCAAGCUGUCGACAGCGAAGGGCUGCAGAGCAACGUCUCCGUCAACAUAUCAAUCACCAACAUCAACGACAACCCACCAGUAUUCCAGCAGAACACGUAUCUAGUCAGUGUUCAGGAAAACACGACACGUGAUUCACCGCUGAUACAGCUCAAUGUCACAGAUAAAGAUGCGGGUGACAGCGAUAAUCUAACACUGACUUUUGCUCUUGGCAACGAGAAAGGAUAUUUCCGGCUUGUUAACCAAAGUCUGUACGUCCAGGGUGAGUCGCUGGACUAUGAGCAGAAGUCGUCCUUCACCUUGAUCGCUAUUGCACGUGAUCAACCAACAACUGGUUCCAGUCUAACUGGUACUACGGUUAUCACUGUGAAGAUCACGUCCAAGAAUGAAUUCGCCCCUGUUUGGUCAGGUGUCGCUCCAGCAGGAGCAGACGUUAGUUCCAAUCAAGCUAUAAUUAACGCUAAUGCGUCAAGUGUUAACUCCAAGAACACAACAGAAAACCAAAAUUCAACAAAACCGGAAACGAAUACAACACUUUUGCUUUUAUAUAAUGAGCAGACUGGACUUCUCUCUGUUAACGACUACGUAAACAGUGAUGCUCCGUUCACCAUUUAUCGUAUCAUGAUUGCUGCUACGGACGGUGGAACGCCUUCGCGCCAGACUAACGGCAGUGUCACGGUCAUUGUCGAGCGCAGUGCUGUAGAUCUGAGUUUCAACCAAAGUCUGUACAGACUGACCAUCCCUGAGAACACCUCGGUUGGAGAAGUACUGUACAGUUUAGCACUUCGCAGUGGCGAUAUAGAUCCCAGUAACGUUAGCUUUCAAAUUGUUGACGCAAACAUAUCAUCGUCGCGGUUUCAGAUGAACAACAAUAAGUUCAUACUUUCUAAAAGCCUUGAUUUUGAAGACACUAAUCAGUAUCUAAUACGAGUCAGAGCAACUUACGGUGAAGAUGAAAGUUACGCUUGGCUGAUGGUGAAAGUCAGUGACGUCAUCGACGAGCGGCCGGAGAUAACACUUUCCGGACAACUAGCUAUACCCGAGGAACUACCAGUUGGUUCUGUUGUGAAUAAUCUAUUUACAGUGGUCGAUAAAGACAUCGAAGACAACCUUACGUACUCUCUAACGGAUAUUAGUUUUGUAUGA